CGGCCCAUCCCGAUUGUCCGUCCCCUCGGUCGGGCAGAGCGGCGAGGUUGGGGCGCGCCGAGACGACGGUUGGACGGCGGCAGGAUUCCGGCGACCGGCUCAACGACCCGCUGCUUCCUGUUCGGAAUCUGCUCCGCCAGCCGAAGCACCCGGGGUUCUCCCUCAACCUCACCAUGGCGUCCACCUCCUCUCCCCACCGGAAGUUGCUCCACUCCCUGGUGUACUGGGCGGUGCAGCGCUGCCGGAUGUCGGAGUCGCCGUGCCGGCUCACGGUCUCCCUCAAGCGCCCCGCCGAACUCGCUAGCUCCUCGCCGCUGCGCGUCUCCGUUUCGGACACUGGGGUGGGGAGCAAACUGGAGGAGUUCCUGGAGCUAGACGCCCUGGCGCGUGAGACUCCCGUGGAGAAAUGGGAUGGCACACUCUUAAUCACAACUACUGGAAUCAAUGAUGAAGCCAUUUAUCGUUAUCAAAUUAAUCUUCAAGAAGAGAUAUCAAGUGCAAGAUUCAGCAAGCUGGCUACCACAUACAAAAAUAAUGCACGAUUCAGUGGAACUGAAGUCUGCCUUUGUCUCUCAAAUGAUGCUGACGUUGAUGAUUUUAUAUUAUGGUUGGUUGGCUUCUUCAGAAAGAUACAAGUCAUAAGAGCAGCAAAUUUAGCAUGUGAGCUCUUUGUUGAGCAAACAGGCAAUGCUGAUUCCAGAAAUGCCUGUCUAACACAAGAUUCUGAUGAUGUGCAUCAUUCUGUUACGGCAUCAAGUAUUGACCAGCUAGUUUCUGGUCUUAAAGACUACACACUCUUCCAUGGAAACCCUUGCGACAAGUGUGGUGCGUGCUUAUUGAAUAGAGAUCUUCUAAAGAUUGGAACUGGAGCAGCAAACCAUGUAGACAGAAGAAAAUCUAAAGGACUGCAUGUUGAAGUAGUCAUAGUGAUUGCACACACUGCAUCUGAUUUGACUUGUUGUAUGGUAAAUUGCCCGGCCACACAGGUUUUGUACUAUGAAGAUUUUGUACCUUGUCAGAUAUCGCAGUCCUCUUUUGAUAUGUUGAUGAGCACAGAUUGGCAAAGGUAUGGUUUCAAGUUAAAAGGAGGUUUGAUGGGUGAUGAAGGAAAUGCUGUUCUUGAGUGGGAUAACAUGACAUUUGCUCGUAUUGAUAUUGCCAUUCACACUUACCAUGAAUGUGCUAUGCAAGAACAGCAGGGAUCUCAACAAGACAGAUACCUUGUGAGGAAGGCACUCAAAUCUGCUCUCUCUCACUUGAAAGCAGAUCAUGCAGGAGAUUUUCUUAGUUGCCACGGCCAGAGGGUUCGUGAAUACGUUCCUGACCUUGCAGAAUCAAUUGCUGGGCUGAUCUUGUCAUCCACCGAUGAGGAGUUCCAAGACGAAUGCAUUGCACUUCUUGGGCUAGUUGGGCUAGGCUCGGAACGGGACAUCUCGGAAAGAGCAGUUCAAUCGUCAAUCUCUGAAAAGAUGAUCCGUAUCAUAGAGAUGAAUGACACCAAGGAGAAUGCAGAGGACAACGUGCCUUAUCUGUUCGAAUGCGAGAAGCUGGAAGAAGAUAGCGAGCUGGACGAAGAAGAUGGAGAUGAAGACAUGGCUUUCGGUUUCUAGUAUUGUUUCAGUAUAGCCCACACUCCAGUAAAUCCGCUCGCUGAACUAGAGGUUGUUUAAGUAGGAGUUAACGCGGCUGCUACGUCAAUAUUUAGAAAAUGUAAAUGCAGAAAUUGGAUGAUUAAACGGAAUAUAAUUGCAGCCUUUGCAGAAUUUUUGUAUUUUAAUUAAACUAAUAAUGUUGGUGCUUUUUUUAAGAAA